UAUUUAUAUUUAUUUGAUUUGUGAUGAAAACUGUAUUUAUUUAUACAUAAAAAUAUGCUAAAUGUAUAAAAUAUCCAUUUGUACAUAUAUUUAGCUAUAUAUCCUUUAGAAUAAUAUAAACGUUGUUAUAAAAAUUAAUUUCUAACAAUGGGAGACAAUGCGAUUGAAAACAUAGACGAUUUACUAAAACGUGCUACAAAAGAAUACAAAAUAUUAAACAAAAGAAAUCUAGAGUACCUAGAUAAAUUAGGAGUAUCCCCAGACGACUUGGAUGUAGAAGCUCGAGAAAUUCUAAAGACUGCUGUAGAAUACCAGUUAAAAACUGGUAUUGAUGAAUUGUCCGAGAACAAGUUCAAAAUCUGGUACGCACAGAAUUGUUUAAACAACUCGAUGCUGAAGGCUGAUAUUAUGAAUUUAAAAUUUGAAAAUCAAAAUGUUCUUAAACAAAUUAAUAAGGAGACUGAAUUGUGUAACACAAUGUUAAGGAAUGUGAAAGAAAUGGAAAUAGUUAUAGAUGAAAAUUGCCGUGAGAGUGAUACAAAACGUUUAUUCAAAAAGAAUGAAGAAACUUUAUAUCAGUUCAAUGAGAAAUUAAAAAGUGUUAAUUUAAAACUUGAUCCAAAAUUAGACAUUCACCACAUUGAAAGUCGCAUUAAAGAACUCAAUAGCCUUCGCAAAAAAUUGGAGGAAGAAACUAAAAAAGCAGAGAAUAAAAAAUGUCUUGAAAUGUGUUUAAAAUUAAAAAAUAAUGCUUGA